GGCAUCCGGGCCGGUGCGCAGUUCUAAGGACGGAGGCUCAGCCUGGCUCCCAGGACCUCCGGUCACGUCCUCCGCUGCGUGGUCGCGCCCUGAACCCCUUUGCCUGAUGCCGGCCUUCCCUAGCUCUACCCUCCCGUUGGGUUGCACCCCGUGUUGCCCUGGAGCGCUCCUGCCAUCAGCUUGGGCUGGUCCCCUUUUGAGUCUGGCUGAGCCCCGGCCCCACCUGCUGGAGGCUGUCCUUGCAGGGCCAGGUGUCUGAGCACCUGCUCUUUCUCAGAGGGCACCGAGUUCAGGGUUCUUCUGCCCCCAAGUGCAGCCCUCUGCUCUCCAGAGGGCUUGGGUACCCUAUGGGCAGGAAGGAAGCAUCCUCCCCGGGUCUGGGGCUAAAACCACGCCGGCCUGCAAUGCACACACCCGUUGCCCAUUCAUUCAGUGAGCCUGGAAAAUGCCUCCCCUAUCUCCUUGGCUACAGAGGACUCUCCCCACGCAGUUAUGCAUUCCUGUGUGUUUGGGAUGUAAGAGCUGCGGGUCUGUGUGUGCUCAGCCCCACCCGGAAUACUCCAUAAAAAGGUGUGAGAUGAAUGGAGGAAUGUUCUCCGGGUCCCAGGGAGGCUGGAGCCUGCCUAGACAGCCUUGAGAUUUCAAGCCAGCACAAGGUGAACACCUUUGCUCUGCCACGUCCCUCCGCCAUGACAUUUCUGCCUUGGUGCCAGAUGACCAUGAACUGAACCUUCAGAAACUAUUGCCUGUUCUGGACAUCGCAGAAAAACGGAACUCAUGGUGACUGUUUGUGACUUGGAACAAUGUGCUCAAGGCCCAUGCAUGCUAUAGCCUGUGUCAGGACUUCUGCUCUUCACAUUGCCAAACAGCGGUCUGUGGCAUGGAUGCUGUGUUUUGGGUUGAUGGAGCCCCCACUCAACAGCCCACCUGUGAUUGGUGGAGGUCAGUGGGUGUGGGCUCUGGGAAGGGCCUGCCAGCGUGGGGCACUGCCUGCAUCUUUCUGCAGGAAGCUGGUGCCCAGGCAAUGCCAGGAAGGAUGCCAGGCACAGGGGCAGACCCUACAUCACCUGGCACAGGCUUUGCCCAUAGCUUUCCUCAGAGGUGUUGCAUGGCCUUGGGAACGCCUGGUCUGCAGGUGCUUGUUCAGGUCUGCUGGGUGUGGCGGCUGUGCCAUCUGCCCCAUGCUCUGUAGCCGGCUCUUCCUGUAGCUACAGCUUCUCGUCUCCACCUGUGGGCUAAGCACCACGCCAGGGUCUGGGACCAGCUGGGUCUCCCCUGGGACUGGAAGCAGUCGAUGCAGGGCCAAGCCACCCUGGCUCCAUGUUUGAUUGCGUUUUGAGGUCUGAAUACUGGCUCCAUCCCACACCAAGAUCUGACCUUAUCCCCGAUUUUGGGACCUCAGCCUUAAAUGACACACCUGACUCCCUUAUCACAGUACCCAGCCUGACAGUCUGUCCCUAGCUUGGCCCCUAGGGAAGGUUCUGGAGCACUACACCACAGUGUUGGCCCCUCAAAGGCAAGGAGACCCCCCACUGCAGCGUAUCUCUAAUUGUAGUUUGUUCACCUUCCUGGCUAAUCAGCUCCUGUCAGCUGAGGACCAGUCUUUGUAGAAGGGGCAGCCGCAGGCUCACAGCAUUCAAGCCUGGUUGCAUGGCCCAGCUAAGAAGAAGCCAGCAUCUUUCUCUGUCUGUCUUCUGGGCAGGGGGGUGGGAGCUAUUGGAAAACACCCGUCACCUGUCAUUUAGAUAGACAACCUGGUUGGCAUUCUGUGCAAUUCUCAGAUAUUCUGGUGGAAUGGAACCCCUCAACGCAGGAUGCAGGAUCAGACCUCUCCAGCAUCCUUGAAUGACCUUUAUCCUUUCCCAGUACCCCUCUCCUGUCUCUUAGAAUCCUCUCCCAAAUGCGUGCCCCAGCUCAGUACUGUGUUCCGGGAAUCCAGCUAAGACUCCUGGUCUGGACUGCCCCAACAGCAACGGAGACCUUCAGAUAGGUUUUGUGCUGGGUGGGCCAGGGUGACUCCAUCCAGUUCUUACUUUAGAUUGGUUCCCAGGGCAGUGGGAAGGAAAGGCUGGCGGGUGUGAGAAGUGUAGAAUGCCCCAGUAUUCCGUAGGCUAGGGAAUCGGAUGAGGGGUAUGGGGAAGGGACAGCAGUUGCUGAGGGAGAAACGGAGCCCAGGAACUGGAUGGGGGCCAUGGUGAGGAGCUGGUUUGGAACCAGCAGGCGGGUCCUGUUUGCUCAAUCCCAGAAGUCAGUGAAAACCCCAACAGAAGCAAAUCCACAGGCAGAGUAGAUCAGCAGCUGCCGAGAGCUGGGCGAGGUGUGUUACUGCAGCCAUGAUGCGGGAGAUGCUGGGGGUAGAAGUGGGUGGUGAUAGCUGACAGGUAAGGGUUUGUUUGGGGCAUGACGAUGGAAAUGUCCUGGGGUUGGCUAGGGAAACGAUUGCACAACCCUGUGAUUAUAUUUAAGACUGUUGAAUGAGACCCUUAAAAUGGGUGAAUUGUAUGGCGUGUGAUUUACCUCACAAUAAACCUGUUCUUCUAAGAAAAGCCACAAGUGCGCCAUUAUCCAGGGGCUCUGGGAUUGGCUGUGGAAGGGCUAACGGAAGGUGGGAUGGUCCCCCCCCAUGUCCUGUUACUAAGCCACCUUAUUUGCCAGGGGAGCCAGCCCUGGUGCCUGCCACAGGGUGGGGUGAGGCAGGGGCUGGGGCCCAGAUCUCUGGCCUCGCUCGCCGUCUCAGCAUUCCCUGCCGCCUCCCUGCUGGCAGUGCCCGCUGCCCCCACUCCAGCCCGCACACAGCCCGCCCUGGGGCCCGCAGCCUGCCUGCCAAGAGGUGGGCGACAGACUGGACGAGCAACCUUUCCGCCCUCGUCCCCACCCGCCCUGCCUGGUGAGUCUGAUCAGCUCCCCCCAACGCCCCGGGACCUUCUCGCUGCCAAGGGGCAGCCUGGGAGGACCCAGCGUGGGUGGAGGGACACGGUGCUUGGUUCUCUGAGCAGGAGGGUUGGGAAAUUGAACCUGACACCUGGCAAGGCCCACAGCCCUGGCAGCGAGCUGGGAGCCCGGCCCUUGCUCUCCACCAGCCUUCUCCAGGCCAGCCCCUCACCAGGGUCCUGGCAGAGGCCAGAGUGGGCAUGUCCAGGGGUCCGUGGGUGGCAGGUGGCCCGCGGAUCAUGGAGAGGCUCAAAGACUGGUCAUGGCAGGCCUGACAAUAUUUCGAGUGUGGAUGUUAACAAUAAGAGAAGACUCCGUGAGCCCCUGCCAAGGACGCUGGGAUUCCCGCUCGACGCACGCUUGGGCCGUGUCUGGAGCUUCCUGCCACCAGGGCCUGCGCUUGCUGCCGUGAGACCCCAGCCCCUCAGCCUCCGGGGCCUCCACUCCCUUACGACUCUGGCAGCUCAGGGUUGCUCCGUGCCAGCAAGGAAGGCCCGUGCUGUGGCCAGGGCCUGCCUCAAGGCUGAAGAGGAGGCCCUGUGCCCAGGGUUGGCAGCGCCAUACUGUCCCUGCCUGGGUCCUGCCUUGUGCUUCACAUUAGCUGAAGCCCGGGAGACGCUGGCAUCACCUUCAGCAGCACUGCCUGCCGCAGGGGCUUCUGGGAACAAAACAAGAGGCCCCCACUGCGUCGUCCUAGACGGGCUCCCAUGGUCAGCGGAGAGCCUGGGGUCGAGGGCGACUUAGAAACUCCCGUCUGGUUGCUGUUGUCCCCACUGCUCCCCUUGCCUCCCGGACCGCCACCCACAGCAGUGUCCCCCGCCACACACCGUCACUGACUGCCACCUUCCCCUGCACCCUGUGCUCCGCCUUUAUCUCCAUCUUCACCCCGCCCUCAGCGCCACCUUCCCUCCAUGGCAAAGUGAAAAGCACUGGGGUGUGCUUCAGUGUGAAGGCCUUGG